AUGCCACCGAGCUCAAAACUGAGAAGAGCCCUUGGGGCAGUGAAGGAUCAAACAAGCAUAGGGCUAGCAAAGGUGGGAAGCAGCACCUCACUUGCAGACCUUGAUGUGGCCAUUGUGAAGGCAACGAGGCAUGAUGAAUACCCAGCUGAAGAGAAGUACAUAAGGGAGAUUCUGAGCCUGACAUGUUACUCUCGAGCAUUCAUAAGUGCAUGUGUUAACACCCUUGCAAGGCGUCUCAACAAGACUAAAAGCUGGACUGUGGCUUUGAAAACUCUUAUUUUGAUUCAAAGGCUGCUAUUAGAGGGUGAUCCUGCGUACGAGCAGGAAAUUUUUUUCUCAACUCGACGCGGGACUCGCCUUCUGAACAUGUCUGAUUUUCGUGACAACUCGAAAUCUGGUUCAUGGGACUUCUCUUCGUUUGUGCGGACGUGUGCACUGUAUCUAGAUGAAAGGCUUGAGUACAAGAUGCAAACCCGGCGUGGGAGGCGUAGCAUGUAUAGUUCUGAUGAAGAUGAGGAGGAAAAAGAUAGAGAGAGUGAAAAAGAAAAAGAAAAUGAAAAAGAAAAAGAAAAAGAAACGUUUGUAAGAUCCACACCUGUGCGUGACAUGAAGUUAGAGCAAAUAUUUUCCAGAAUGCAGCAUUUGCAUUUGCUGCUUGAGCGCUUUUUAGCUUGCCGACCUACAGGAGCGGCAAAGAACCAUCGAGUUGUGAUAGUGGCUCUCUACCCGGUUGUGAAGGAGAGUUUUCAGAUAUAUUUUGAUAUAACAGAAAUAAUGAGUAUCUUAAUUGAACGGCUCCCUGACAUGGAGGUACAAGAGUGUGUUAAGGUGUAUGACAUUUUCUGCCGAGUUGGGAAGCAAUUUGAUGAGCUAGACCUCUUCUAUGCAUGGUCCAAGAACAUUGGAAUUGCACGCUCUUCUGAGUACCCUGAGAUUGAAAGAGUCACAAUGAAAAAGUUACAGGUCAUGGAAGAGUUUAUCAAGGACAAGUCCGCCUUGGCACAAUGCGACAGACCUGAACUACAACAAUAUAGUAAUGAAGAAGAAGAACAAGAGGAGGAGGAAGAAGUAAAGGAACCGGAACCAAAACCAGAACCAGAAGAGGAUGCAACGAAGGCACUACUGCCACCAGAGGAAAUCAAGGAGGAAGCGGUUGAAGAAGUGAAAGAGGAGCCAAAGGAAGAAAAAAUUGUGCAGACAGAGGGUGAUUUGUUGAAUUUAGGGGAUGACGCGGUGUCAAGUGAAGCGCAUGGAGAUAAACUAGCCUUGGCCUUGUUUGAUGGAGCACCAGCAGCAGCAGCAGGAGGAGGUGCCACACAAGCACUUCCAUGGCAUGCAUUUGAUGAAGAGGAAGAUUGGGAAACAGCACUUGUGCAAUCAACAAGCACUUUGUCAAAUCAGAAGCCUACAUAUGGGGGUGGCUUUGAUACGUUGUUGUUGGAUGGGAUGUAUAAACAAGCAGAGAUGAAUGCAACGAUGCAAGGAGCAGGGUAUGGGGUGAGUGGGAGUUCUAGUAGUAUGGCACUUGGUUCAGCUGGAAGGCCUUCAAUGCUAGCAUUGCCAGCACCCGCAACACCAGGGGGUGGAAGUGAUUCCAAUUCAGAUCCAUUUGCAGCUUCAUUGGCUGUGGCACCUCCUUCUUACGUGCAAAUGUCAGAUAUGGAGAAGAAGCAGAGGCUUUUGGUUGAAGAACAGAUGAUAUGGCAGCAAUAUGCAAAGGAUGGCAUGCAAGGACAAGCAGCACUCGAAAAAUUGCAAUCUAAUAACAACGGAGGCUAUCCACAAAAUUACGGCAACUAUUAUCGUUGA